AUGGGAACAAAGGCUUUACUGAAGACCAUUCGUCAACAUAUCGAUGCCAAAGAAUUCAAAAAAGCGAGGGAUAUUAUAGAGGAUCUGUUGAAGCAGAAUGUGUCUGAUUAUUUGUUAUUCGUUUUCGCAGCAGUUACAAAUGGUGAGGCUGGAAAUGAUUGCCAGGCUGUUAGUUAUUACAAAAAGGCAACCGAACUUGAUCCAGAGAAGCCUUUGGCUUGGCAGGGAUUGUACAAACUUUAUGAACAGGGGAAGUAUGUUGAUUUGGAGCACGUCCUAAUAGUAAUCCAAAAUCUAUUACGCAUGCCUGGGUUGUUCUGCUUCAUAAAAACAUGA